AUGGCAAUGGCAACGGAGCGGGCUCCCGGCGCCGCAUGUCCCAAACGCCCAUUCCCCCGGCUGGUGGCUCCUCCACGGGCGCUGACGAAUCGGCGGCCUGGCGGGAGGGGUGCGAGGACGAUGCUGGCCGUGGGGCCGAUUGCCCUGCGAAGGGCGAACCGGGCGGUCGUGAUGGCCGCGGCCGUCGAGCGGCAGACGCUAGCGUCGUCGAUCGACGCCGAUGACGGGCUGGAGAUAACUUUCGACGACGGGCAGGACCCCCAGGCCACCCUGGUGCUUGUGAAGGGGGAGGAUUGCUCGGGCCUGCUGGAACCGCUCUCUGUGGCUCUGAGGAAUCAGGACUUGGUGAUUCUGUCCGCGACGGUUAACCGGACGGACGGCGUCUUCAGGGUCACCAACCAGGACGACACUAAGAUUGACACAAACACCUGGGAGGACUGUCGCGAGAAGAUUCAAAAAGACCUCAUGGCUGCAAAGAUCUUCAGCACCCAGCCAUUGGUCUAUGGCAUAGAGCUGGGAGAAGGGAAGCCAAUCAAGCCCAUCGCAUCUGGGUUUCAGAUGGGCAAUGUUGACACCCUACGUCAGACUGCUGAGGAGGUGGCUCAGGCGGCACUUACAUUGGCCAAUAUUGAAAGGGAGAUAGUGGAGAUCAUGUCCAAUGGGGGCGAUGUUUCAGCGUUGACCGUCAAGGAGGCAGAUCGAGCCACGGCUGCUGCCCUGUUGGACAGGCCGCUGCUUCAACUGGAGGCCAUGCUGGCCAUGAGAAGGGCACCUGAGAAACCCAAAGAGCCAGAGGCUGCCCGCGGUGGUGGCGCAGAUCUGCGCUUUCAGGCCGGCGGUGGUACAAGUACUGGGCCAGCCUCAGGAAAUGGCUAUGAGAUCCUUCUCCAGGGAUUCAACUGGGAAUCACACCACCAGGACUGGUACAACAUCAUUGCCAAUCAGGCCCAUGACAUUGCCAAAUUGGGUUUCACAGCUGUGUGGAUGCCGCCACCGAGUGAUUCUGUCAGUCCACAGGGUUACCUCCCUCGAGAUUUGUACUGCCUGCACUCUGGCUAUGGAUCUGAGGCAGAACUGCGGCAUGCCAUAUCCAGCAUGCACCAGAACGGCCUCAAGGUGCUUGCAGACGUGGUGGUAAAUCACAGGUGUGCGUCGGAGCAAGGGGAGGGAGGAAAGUGGAACAAGUUUGGCGGGCGGUUGCCAUGGGAUGCCAGCGCAAUAUGCACAGGUAACCCAGAAUGGAAUGGAAGAGGCAAUCCAAAGCAAGGAGAUGAGUAUGCCGCUGCUCCCAAUAUCGACCAUUCGAAUCCAAGCAUCAGGGAGGACAUCACCAAAUGGAUGAAGUUCCUGAGGCAGAGUAUCGGCUUUGAUGGUUGGCGCUUCGACUUUGUGAAGGGGUAUCCAGGCACAUACCUGCGUCAGUACAUCGAUGGCACUGUGCCGGAGCUGGCCAUCGGCGAGUUCUGGGACAGCUGCGAUUACACAGACAGUGUGCUGAACUACAAGCAGGAUCACCACCGCCAGCGCACUGUGAGCUGGUGCGAUUCCACUGGGGGCACAUCGGCGGCCUUCGAUUUCACCACCAAGGGGAUUCUUCAGGAGGCGGUGGGGAGGCAGGAAUAUUGGCGCCUUGUGGAUCCUGAGGGCCGUCCGUCGGGCAUGGUGGGCCUGUGGCCCUCACGAGCUGUGCUGUUCAUCGACAACCACGACACGGGAUCCACACUGCAGCACUGGCCCUUCCCGACUCACGCCCUGGCUGAGGGCUAUGCGUACAUCCUGACACACCCUGGGACGCCGUGCGUGUUCUACGACCACCUGUGGCAGGAGGCCGACGGCCUGAAGGGCUGCAUUGAGGACCUCCUGCGCAUAAGAAAGGCGAAUGAAAUCCACUGCAGGUCCGCCAUUAAGAUCUUCCAGGCAACUGCGGACGUCUACAGCGCGGUGAUCGACGGCCGCGUCGCCAUGAAAAUCGGGCCUGGCGAUUGGUCUCCGAAUCACGACGACGGCGUGGCAAAGGGCUUUGGCCAGAAGGACUGGAAAAUGGCGGCGUCUGGCCGCAAUUUCGCGGUGUGGGAGGGGAAUUAG